AUGGAUCUUACUAUUCAAGAAGAAAAAGACUUAUUGGAUGCAGAUGAUACAGGUAAUCUCGUACCAGAUUCUAUAACAUCGUUACUGUUAAAUCCACAAUUCAUUACUAUGAUGAAAGAAAGCUUGUUACCGUCUCUUGUUGACGGCGUAAAGCAGUCUUUCUCGGCACAUACCGAGACAACAAACAGUGAACAAGCAACAUUCACCGGGAAUUCUGCCGGUUCAACAAGUGGAGAUAACCAUGCAGCCUAG